AUGACAAAUCGAGAUCAAGAUGGUGCAGCAGGUGAAUAUUAAUGAAAAUAUCAAUAGCAUGUUUAAGCAUCAAAGGUUUUUCUAGGACGAUCGAGCAUCCGCCAUUUACCGAUGGUUGGGGAAUAUUCCUUGGUGGAGACGUGAUUGGCACCCGUCAGUUAGCUUAAUAAAGGCUAUAGAUUUAUUAUCAGAAAUUUCAGCUUCUAUGAAAAGAUGAUCGUAAGUAAUCUAUUAUACUUUCUAAGAGAAUGACUUUAUUUUAACCCGAUCUUGCUUUUGUUUCAUGCUUAACAGGGCAAUCAACGUUGAGAACAGGGGCAUCGGGAGGCAACGAAGUUGUGAUCAUCUCUCCAAAACCAGGUACGUUGGAUUGGUUCAAAACUUAUUGGAUAGUUAGCAAUGAAACUUUAUUUAAUACCAAUUAAGGGAGCGUGAGCUGAGCAACUGCUCAAGGGAGCUCACGCAAAGACAGAGAAAAAUAUGCUGAGAAAUACACAGACAGAAAACGUUUUCGAAGGAAAUUUUCGCAUUUAAGUUCUGUAAUAAAAUUCCCCACAAGAGUCAUUCUUUAUCAUGUUUGAUUUGAUUUUAUCUGAGACAUUCUUGGCGGAAAAACUACUUUCAAAUUGGCACUGUUAACUUUGUUAUUCAUAAUGGGUCAUGAAAAUUUUACUCACAGGUUUAACUUUCAUAAGCAGCAAUCAUCCACAGUGAGAUUCAUUUUUAGCUUAAUUAAAAUCCUCCUCUUGAAAUUCUCUCCCAAAGGAAUUGUAUCCUUUAAAAAAAUUUCUGCAUUUUUCUGUCAAAUUUAUGAGGCUUCAGAGCUGGAACUUUUUAUUUCGGUACACAGUACUGUUGUAUGCAACAAAUUUCAACUUGACUUUGAUUUUUAUAACGCGAAUUUUGAUUCGUUGUAUGGGUUGUAAGAUGCAUGAUUUAAUUAGCUAUUACCAUUGUUCAGAGCAUAUAUUGAGAAACCGAAUCAGUCAAGAAGUAAAUAAACAACAUUUUCCUUAAUUUAAAGAGAAAUGUUUUAUAAAAGCAUCAGAGAACUCUUUCACAUUUUCAUCUUAACACUCAGGAGGUUGGGAGAAUUUUAGAUGCAAUGUUAGAAUUCCUCCCCCCCCCUUUUUUUGUGUUUAGAUGAGAGUAUGUAAACAAGGAAACAUUUCUAAAUUGUUUAUCAGCUGGACCCUAAAAUAUCAUUUGCAUAUUAUUUGAUUCCAAAUAAUUUUUUUUCGGAUUCCAGAUUAAAGCAGUGGUGAUGAGAAACUGGCCACCCCAAUGCCUUCAUCCACACUAAUAGGACAAUUACCUAUUGCAGCAGGUAGGUGUAUUUUCUAAACUACUUCUAUCUGUUGGAGCACUGACGUAUUCUUUAACACUACUUUUGUAGCUCAGAUGGACUUGUUUUUCUUUUUUUUUCCCCUUCAAUAAGGUGAAGAGAAAAGAGCCAAGGCAUUUGUUGAAAGCUCGUAUGGUAAAGAUGAAGGCGGCUCAUUAUAUUUUUUAGGAUUGAGUUUCAAACCGGAGUGGCAUGUAUUGCACAGUGAAGAGAUACAAAAAACUGAGCACACAUACAUUAAAAGAAUAUGAGAGUUGUGAUAACUUGAGACAUAUCACUAAGAACUGAAACUAGUCAGUUCGUGCUUUUUAUCUUGUAUGUGAUUAUUCACUGUAAGGUGUUCUCAACUUCCUAGAGUCAGUAGUUACCUGCUAUCCUGUAGCAAUGGAAGACCGCAAUUUGGCUGCACAGGCUGUGGAAGGUAAUGAUGCAGCCCAUUAUAUACAAAUUUUAAAGGUCACUUAUUGGCUAGUCGAUCCUAGUUCAAAUCGUAUUUUCAAGCAUUUUGACCAUGAAUAUCUUAAAUCGUGUAAUAUUAAAAAUGGGGAUUGAGUUAACAAGACGGGUACUGUUUUUUAGUAGGAACAGCGAAGGAGGAGGAGGAUCUCCUGAUUGGUGCACAGGCAAGCAAGUAAAAAUUAGAAAUGAGUCAUCUUAAUCUGGUCAUGCAAGGAACACAUGUACCUAAUUGAUUUUCCAAUAUCCUACUGUUAUAUUAGACCCAAGAUGUGGACCUGCCUACGACCUCCAGUUGUUUAGAAGGUUGAUGGUAGCAUAUGACCUGCCCCUUGUGCCACCAUUUAUGUGCACCAAUGCAUGA